AUUGCACCCACGUUUUCUCGCUCCAAAGUCCAAACCUCAACAACGAAAUUUCUCUGACCACCUCAUAGAAUCGGAAUACCCAUUCUCGUCUUACACAGCUGCGACCAUGGACUUCAAAGCGUUGAUGGCGGCACAAAUUGCGAAAUCCAAAACCAAAACUGCACCCUCUGCUUCACCCGAGCCAACCUCACAAAAAUAUCUCCGCCGCGCCGAACUCGAAGCCGCCCGCGAAGCCGCCUACGCCGCCGAACAAGCCAGAAUCGAAUCCGAACGGCUAGAACGAACAGCCAAAAAGCGCAAACUCGAAGAAGAAGAGGCCGAGCGUGAUGCCGCCCGCGAGGAAAAGAAACGCCGCCUAGCCGAAGAAUCCCGCCAGCGGCGCGAAGAAGAAGCCAAAGAAGAAGAACGCAAACGACGAAAACGUCUAGGUCUCCCAGACCUACCAGACACUCCAGGCAUCGAGAAUGGCGACGGUGCAGACAACACACCCGCAGGCCAGGACAUUCCCGACGACGACCUACGGCUCAAACUACGCUCGCUCAACGAGCCAGCCUCACUCUUCGACGAAACACACACCGCACGAUUAAAACGAUACUUCACCCUAACUAAGACCCCCGUAACGAAACCCAAACUCAGCGAUGGUCCUAUACCAACGACUCUCGAACCCGUGCCCGAGAAAGACAUGCUCCUCCCCGAAACCCUUCCUGCCAACGGCACGCCCGAGCACGACUUCCUCUACCGGCAAUUAGGCUCAUACUUCACCCUCUUACUACGCGAAUGGUCUAUCGCCUUAUCCGAACGCGACGCCGAUGUCAAGGCCUCGAAUUCCGGAAAAGCAGCAGCCAACUCAUACCUGCUUGUAUUGAAAGAUCUGACGCCGCUCUUCCGACGCUUCGAACGCCGCGACCUGGACCACGGCCUCCUUGAGCCCAUAUGCCAGAUCGUCCGAUCGGCCCAGCGGAGGCGCUACGUCGAGGCCAACGACAAGUACUUGACGCUCUCAAUCGGGAAAGCCGCAUGGCCCAUCGGGGUGACCAUGGUAGGAAUUCACGAGCGGUCUGCACGCGAGAAACUGCACGAGAGCAGCGAGGCCAAGCAGGCGCACAUCAUGUCCGAUGAGGUCACGAGAAAGUAUCUACAGAGUAUCAAGCGGUGUUUGAGCUUUGCCCAGACGAGGUGGCCACCUGAAGAUCUGGGACAGUUGAUGGGUUAGAAUGGGGACUCGAGUGGAAUGAAACAUGACAUUAGCGUUGAUACCCGAGAAAUUGUGAGAUAGAAUCAGAGGCGAAAAGAACACCGAUGACUCGAUAAAAGGUAGAUUGUUCUGACCUGCACAUAUCAAUC